AAACCAUAGUGGAUGACUCGGAGCAAGGACUGAAACAACAAGUAGAAGUCUAGAACAGAAGGGGAAGAAGGAGCAACAGAGGAGAAGAUGGGAGGACUCUCAACGCUCUCACAAUCACAACAAUGGGGCCCAAAGCCGAAGACUAUUCCCACACAAAUGGAGAAUCCCAGGAAUUUCCCAGUCCAAUUGAACCCCAGACCUAACCCAUCCCUAAAAAAACCGAAAUCCCUUUCUUGUUCCGCUUCCAGCCCCUCAAAAUCCCAGCCCAUAGACAAGAAUUCCACCCCGCCCUUGGUGGUGGUGGGAUCAGCCAAUGCCGACAUCUACGUGGAGAUCGACAGGCUACCACAGGAAGGGGAGACCGUCUCAGCCAAGACUGGGCAGACCUUGGCUGGGGGCAAGGGAGCCAAUCAGGCUGUGUGUGGUGGAAAAUUGGCAUACCCAACCUACUUUAUGGGUCAGGUGGGUGAGGAUGCCCAUGGGAAGUUGAUUGUUGAGGCACUUGAGGGUGGUGGGGUGAUUCUUGAUCACCUCAGAACUGUGGCUCAUGCACCCACUGGGCAUGCUGUGGUGAUGCUCCAAGAGGAUGGGCAGAACUCAAUCAUCAUUGUGGGUGGUGCCAACAUGUCCUAUUGGCCAGAGAGUUUGCCUGAGGAGUACUUGGAGGUGGUGAGGAAUGCCGGGAUUGUUCUGCUCCAAAGAGAAAUUCCUGAUUCUGUUAACAUACAAGUGGCAAAGGCUGCUAGGAGUGCACAUGUUCCAAUUAUUCUGGAUGCUGGUGGUGUGGAUUCUCCAGUCCCUUCAGAACUUCUUUCAGUUGUUGAUAUUUUCAGCCCAAAUGAAAGUGAGCUUGCCCGGCUAACAAAAAUGCCAACGGAAAAUUUUGAACAAAUCAAGCAAGCUGUGGAAAAAUGCCAUGACAUGGGUGUUAACCAAGUUCUUGUGAAACUUGGGGCCAAAGGAUCAGCUCUUUUCAUAAAAGGAGAGGAACCAAUUAGACAGCCCAUCAUUAAAGCUGAGAAAGUCAUUGAUACAACUGGAGCUGGGGACACUUUUACUGCUGCUUUUGCAGUAGCCCUUGUCGAAGGAAAAUCCAAAAAGGAAUGUUUGGCAUUUGCUGCUGCCGCAGCAUCUCUCUGUGUUCAAGUGAAGGGAGCCAUUCCAAGCAUGCCUGAAAGGAAAAGAGUUCUGAAUCUUCUCAAGUCUCUUUGAGGAUAUUGCAUCAUUGCCUAGAAAUAAGAGAAUUGAAGGUUUGCAUCUUUACAAGUGAUGAUUAAGCUGCUCAUAAAUCUUUUUAUCGUGUCCCUCUCGUUUGUAAUGGGACUCCGGACUCCUGCUUUUUCUGAAGGGAGAUGCUCAAGUUGAUGAGUUGAUAUUAUGAGGAAUGGACUACCUAGAUGAGGUUAGCAAUUGAGCAGUUUGUGUUUUUCACUGUUUCUUUGGGACGACAUGUGCUCUUCCAAUGAAUUACUCUUAUUUUUUAUUGAAGUAAACAUGCUCAAAGGAACAAGUGGCGUGCUGUUUAUCCUGGAUUGAUUGGAUGUGAGACGUUUAAUAAAAUAUUGAGUUUCCGUCUUUUCCUAAUCCUUUUUCUUCUUAAUGCUAUGACUAAAAAUAAAGUUUUUGACUAGCUGAGGCUGUACAAUUUUGGGUAAA